ACCACAUUAGUUAUCGUACGUUGAAAUGGUACCGUCGCAAGCAAGUUUAAAUUGGAAUUUCAAGGGCAACUAGCUCAGCGCGGAUAAGGCCGCUGUCGGGCUAUCGCUGUGUCACAGCUAUCGGACUGUCUCCGUUAAUCAUGCUGCGCAGGUAUUCCUUCUGUCUGCGACCUGCCCUGAGCUACCUGGCAUCUAGGCAGAAGCACUCGCUCCCCGAUCUUACCUAUGAUUAUGGGGCCCUGGAGCCCCACAUCAGUGCUGAGAUCAUGCAGCUGCACCACAGCAAACACCACGCCACUUACGUCAACAACCUCAACAUCGCCGAGGAGAAGUACAAGGAGGCGCUAGCCAAGGGUGACAUAACGACCCAGGUGGCUUUGCAGUCCGCCUUAAAGUUUAAUGGCGGCGGGCACAUCAAUCACACCAUCUUCUGGACGAACCUUUCCCCAAACGGUGGGGGGGAGCCACAAGGGGAGCUGUUGGAAGCCAUAAAGCGGGAUUUUGGCUCCUUUGAGAAGAUGAAGGAGAAGAUGUCUGUAGCUUCAGUUGCUGUGCAGGGCUCCGGAUGGGGAUGGCUGGGCUUUGAUAAGGAGAGCGGCCGCUUGCGGAUUGCAGCCUGCGCCAACCAGGACCCCCUGCAUGGCACUACAGGCCUGAUUCCGCUGCUUGGCAUCGAUGUAUGGGAGCAUGCCUACUAUCUGCAGUACAAGAACGUGAGACCAGACUACGUGAAAGCCAUCUGGAACGUGGUGAACUGGGAGAACGUGAGCGAUAGGCUCCAGGCAGCAAAGAAAUGACUGUUAUCCAUCAAAAGAGCAACGCUGCAGGCUGAGCAAUCCACUGUAGAGCACCAUGACCUUCCCUGACCCAUCUGAAGACCGGUCCUCCCUGAACCUCCAUGACCCAACGUAAUCCAUCCAGUGCAAUUCGCAUGAGAGAACAACGGCAUCAGCUGCUUGGCUGAAUAUGAUUCUGGAGUGCUUUUUGUCAGUCUGACAAGCAGCAGCAACUGACAAAGGUUUCGUUUUUGUUCGUUUGUGUAAUUAAAAUGAUUUGAAAUUGA